AUGGUACUUGUUUGGAUUCCAUUGGAGUAUACAUUAAGCCAUUCAACGAAAAUUGACUCCACAACACCUCUUGGUCCAUUUGGAGGUGCCGGUGGACAGCAGUGGGAUGACGAAACCUACAACACAGUAAGGGAACUAACUAUAUACUCUGGAUAUGAUAUUAAUUUCAUUCAAGUUGUCAACGAUGAUAUUGAAGGAAAGCCAGUAUCCAGGAAAAAGCAUGGUGGUGACAGUGGACAACCAAACACGGUAAAAUUAGACUAUCCUAUUGAGUACCUCCUUUCGAUAUCAGGGCACUAUGGGUAUAAUGAUAAUAACACUCUUGUUCUAAGAUCUCUUACAUUGCAAAGCAAUAUAAAGCAAUAUGGACCAUAUGGUACUGAAAAUGGAACUCAUUUUAUAACCCCAUUAGCUGCCGGCAAGAUUGUUGGAUUCUUUGGAAGAGAUGGUGCUCGUUUGGAUUCGAUUAGAGCAUACAUUAAGCCAUUCCAAAUUAGUGUUGGUCCAUUUGGAACUACUCGUGGACAGUAA